GUCCUGUCAACAAGCUGAUGACAUGAACCACGGAAGUGGAGAAUUAAAAGUUAUAUUGAAGCGUACACACCUGCGUACAAUAGUACAGUACAUCUAGGGCUGUGUGGACUCACAAGAGGAAAAGUCUGAAUGAAUAUGAAGAAGAGGACAGUGGAGAAAAGCUUCAUAUGAUCUGAAUAUACUGACAGAAUACAAAUUGAAAUUACCAUUGCAGCACUGAAGAACACUUUCUCUAAAUUGAGCCUCAACAUGGACAAAAAGGAGGAGGAUGUUGUUCAGUAUCAGAAAAACAAAGAGUCUUCACCAGAGUCCAGCAGUGUGAAGAGCGACGAAUCCUUAAGUCAAACACUCAGUGAUGAAGGAUCCACCUGUGUACCCAGAGAUGAUCAAGAUUCUCGCUUGCCAGUAGGUGAACUACAGAGAGUCAAAGACCAACACAAAACCAUCGCGAAGAGCAAGUAUGAGAGAUUAUUUGAGAUCAUCAACGUGCAAAGGAAUCAAACUCUCCUGAACAAGGGCUUCACACAGUUCUACAUCAUAGAAAGAGAGAGUGAAGGAGUAAAUGAUGAACAUGAGUUUUUACGCAUGGAGAGAUUACCAAGACUACAACGCUCACAAGACAAUCCAGUCUGUGGCAAUGACAUCUUGAAACACCCACCCGACCCAGAACUUGAUGAGAAGGACCAGAUCAAGACGGUUCUUACCAAAGGCAUCGCUGGGAUUGGAAAAACCGUCUCUGUGCAGAAGUUCGUUUUGGAGUGGAGUGAAGGUAAAGCCAAUCAGGAUGUAGAUUUUGUGUUCGUGCUUCCAUUUCGAUAGCUGAACUUGAUCAAAGAUCAUCAGUACAGUCUUCACAGACUUUUACUCGAGUUUCAUCCCGAACUUGAGGAUCUGGAGCCUAAGAUUUAUGAGCAAUGUAGAGUUGUGUCCAUCUUUGAUGGUUUGGAUGAAAGCAGAAUCACACUGAAGUUUUCAGAGGAUGAGAAAGUUUGCGACGUAAAUGAAUCUUCAUCAGUUGGUGUGUUGAUAUCAAGCAUCCUCAAAGGAGAUCUGCUUCCAUCUGCUCUCAUCUGGAUCACCUCCAGACCAGCAUCAACCAGUCAGAUCCCCUCCAAAUACAUCAACCGUUUGACAGAGAUUCAAGGAUUCACUGAUCCUCAGAAGGAGGAAUAUUUCAGGAAGAGAAUCAGUGAUGAAGAUCAAGCCGACAGAAUCGGCUCCCACAUCAGAAGAGCAAAUAGCCUCCACAUCAUGUGCCACAUACCCAUCUUCUGCUGGAUAUCUGCCACUGUGGUUCAGAAGGUCCUGGAAGAAGAUCGGAGUGCAGAAAUCCCUCAAACUCUGACUGAAAUGUUCAUCAAAUUCCUGCUAAUUCAAGUCAACAAGAUGAACCAGAAGCAUGAAGAGAGAGAUCCUGAGAAACUCCUGCAGUCCAACAGAGAUGUGAUGGUGAAGGUUGCCAAACUGGCUUUCAAACAGCUGAUCAAGGGCAAUGUGAUGUUCUACGAGGAGGACUUGAUUGAGAGUGGCAUAGAUGUCAGUGACACCUCGGGGUGUUCUUGGAUCUGCCCUGACAUCCUUCAGGAGGAAUCUGUUCUUCAUCUGAGGAAAGUCUACAGCUUCUUCCAUCUGAGCUUUCAGGAGUUUUUGGCUGCCUUCUAUAUUUUCCACUCCUACCUAACGAGAAACAUGGAGGACAUGGACUGUUUUCUAGACGAGAGAAACAAGGUCAAACUGAGUCGAUCGAAAAUCAGUUUGUUCCUGCUACUAAAAUUAGUCGUUUCCAAAACCCUUAAUACUGAAAGUGGACUCCUGGAUCUUUUCAUGCGGUUCCUGUUGGCCAUUGCGCAGGAGUACAAUCAGAUCCUUUUAGAGGAUCUACUGCCGCGCACAGAGUACAGCUCAAGUACUAUCAGGGAUUUUCUCAGGCACAUCAAAUCCCUAAUGACAGGAUAUCACUGCAUUUCUGACAACAAAUCCAUGAGUCUGUUCUUCUGUCUGUUGGAAAUGAAUGAUCAGAGUCUAUACACGGAUGUUGAGAAGCUUGUGAAAUCAGGGGAACGUUCAAAGAACAGACAGUCUCAGGCUGUCUUCUCAGCAGUAGGCUACAUGCUUCAGACGUCUGAGGACGUGCUGGAUGAGUUUGAGCUCAUGAAAUAUGACGUAUUAGAUGAUGAUCGGAAGAGACUGCUACCAGCUGUGGUGAACAGCAGAAAAGCUCUACUUGCUGGAUGUUGCUUCUCUGAUCAACAGUGUCCGAGUUUGGCUUCGGCUCUACAAUCAGCAAACUCCCAACUAAGAGAGCUGGACCUGAGUAACAAUGACCUGCAGGAUUCAGGGGUGAAUCUGAUCUCUGCCGGACUGAAGAGUUCACACUGUCAACUCAACGUGCUGAGAUCUGAUAGUCAUACACUCCCUAGAAGAGAUACACAAUAUUGUUUAAAAAUAUCAAUUCCUGAACACAGACGUAGCAUGUUUAAAUGAAAGGAGAAUCCUUGCUGUCUGUUUGAACCAAAUGAAAGGCAAUUUGUUAUGAUAUAUAACAAUUUAACAAGGUAAUAUGUCAAAAGAAGGUGGUGACGCUAGUAAACCACUUAAAAAUAAUGUGUUAUCUCUGCUGAAAAAUCCAGCUUAAACCAGCCUA